AUGUUGCCUUAUGCUUUAUUGGGUUACCGAACGACUGUCAGGACAUCAGUUGGAGCUACUCCAUAUUUGCUAGUAUACGGAACAGAAGCAGUUAUACCUGCAGAAGUUGAAAUACCUUCAUUGAGAAUCAUCCAAGAAGCUGAAUUGAGUGAUGCUGAAUGGAUUCGCAAGCGGAUUGAUCAGUUAACAUUGAUCGAUGAGAAGAGAAUGGUUGUUGUUUGUCGUGGACAACUAUAUCGACAGAGAAUGAUUCGUGCUUUCCACAAGAAAGUAAGAGCUAAAAUGUUUGAGAUUGGGCAAUUGGUUCUCAAACGUAUUUUCCCUCACCAGGAUGAAUAUAAAGGGAAUUUGCACCAAAUUGGCAAGGACCCUACAUGGUUUAUAAGCUCGCCUAAAGAUCAACAUAUUCUUCCAUUCAAUGAAUAUGGAGAGGUCAAAAGGGCCAGAGCUCCCCAAAUUGACAAUUUUUCUGUGGAUACAGGAAAUAUUUUAUGCUUCUGA